AUGGGAAGAUAUGGAAAUGGGGCAUCUGUCGAGGACAUUGCAAAGAUUGCAGGUAUCUCAGAGGGCUCAGUGGAGCAUUAUACCGAUCAUACACAGGAGGCGCUGAUGUCUUUGCACCACAUAUUUAUACGUCCAUUGACAGAUGCAGAGAAGGAGAUAGAGAAGCAUUGGAUUAAGGAGCAGCUGGGUUUCAACGGAUCAUCUUGGAGAGAAGGAUGGAUUAUGUAUGAUGGCACCAUCAUAGUUCUGUUGGUUCGACCAGGCCGUGAUGGUGCAUCAUAUUAUACUCAUAAAUGUAACUAUGAGCUGAAUUGUCAGAUCGGAAAUGUGCCCUCAAAUCUCCGCAUCGGAGACUACUGCGUUGGCAAUACUGGCGCAACUCAUGAUUCAACAGCCUUCGAGGAGACCACUGCUUGGUCAGAUCCAGAUUGGUUCUUCUCAGGUGACGAAUUUGCAUGGGGUGAUUCUGCUUGUACCAUCAACUGGCGUACCAUUCCCGUUCAUAAACGACCCGCUGCUUUUGAUCGUGACAAUGCUUUCUUUGAUAAAAUUGUCUCUCGUCUUCGUGUACGCUCUGAGCAUUGUAUGGGAGCAUUGAAGGGACGGUGGCAGUCCCUGCGUGGUCUUUGUGUUCCUAUCAACACACAGGAAGAUCAUUAUAAUGCUUGUAGAUGGGUUUUGUGCUGUGUACUCCUUCAUAAUGCUGUCUUGGAGAUUGAUGGGUGGGCUGCAGGUGCUCAUUUCUCAGGAUUACAUACACGGGCUGAGGAGGUUGAGGAUAGAGGCCAGAGGGAUGCACCGGUGGAUUACGAGGAUGAUGAGGAUGAGUCAAGGUGGCGUCAGCUUGUUCAAGAGAUUGCAAUUACGAGGGAUAUAGGACUUAUACAAUAA